ACAAGAAUAAGAAUAUGGAAAAACAAAUCAUCCAGAAGUCAUCAGGAAUUUCAACUGUUCUCAAGGAUUUCGCAGAGGGAUCCACUUUCCACGGACUUCGAUAUGUGGCUCAAAAGGGAUCAUUCAUUGGUAGGAAGUUGCUGUGGUUGAUGAUGAUAUGCGCCUGCGCAUCAGUGUUAGUUUACCAGAUAGUAGACAGGGUGGGCUAUUACAAUGGAUGGCCAGUGACUGUUAAUGUGCGGGUCAACUACAACACCUCGCUCCAAUUCCCAUCUAUCACCAUUUGUAACCAGAACGCCUUCAAGGCGACCUUAGCCAACGAUCUUCACACCUAUCGCCUGUUGGAGAGUAUGUUCACACAUCCAGAGACAUUUAACGAAACAGCGCUUACUAAAUUUGGCGCCCAGAAUAUAACGUUGGACGAUUUAUUCCUUCGAUCUGCCCAUCAGAAAGAAGACUUCAUUUUUAGGUGUCUAUGGAAGGGUUUGCCGUGUAGCACGGACGAUUUUAAGACUACAAUGACAGACCACGGUGUCUGUUAUACAUUUAAUGAAGGGAUGAAUCAGGAGUACAUCUCGUCCGUCGGGGUUGAGAAUGGCUUACGUCUGACACUGAAUGUUGAACAGUAUGAGUAUAUGCCUGGACCCCACGACGCUGCGGGCGUGAAGAUGCUGUUGCACGCGAAUGGAGAGGUACCACGUGUGCACGCUCUAGGUCAGGCCGUGUCGACGGGUGCCCAUGUCUUUGUGGGUGUGAAGGUGUUUAGUAUAACUAACUUGCCAAUGCCUCACGGAAGAUGUAGCGAACAUGUCCUGGAAUACAUGGACCGCUUUACAAUGGACGCUUGUCAGAUGGAUUGUUUGACUUCACUGGCCAAGACAAGAUGUGGUUGUCGUCAUAACUACAUGCUACAUAAAAACGGUGACCCUCGGGUGUGUACAUUGUAUGAGUAUUUCAGCUGUCUGAAGCCCCUCAUAGACGAGUUCCCCAGUAUCCACGAUACCUACUGUGACUGCCCGGUGCCUUGUAACUUCAUUCUGUAUGAACCGGAUAUUUCCUACGCUUCUACGUCCCAGUAUUCCGUCAACAAAUUUCUCCGCAACAAUGACAAAGAGGUUUUAUCAGCUGCACUACUUAAAGCUACAGAAGUCACUUCACGAAUGGAAAACUCAACGUUUCAGAGAACAAAGAAUCUGGCCGAGAACUUCGAGAGAACAUUGUUGGACGUUGAGAAUCUUCUGUUGGACAACCUGGCUAGCAUGCUUGAUAAUCUAAGUAUAAUGGUAAAUAACAGCUAUAGCGAGACAUUUGACGUAUACAGCAACAAGGAAUUCCUGUAUAGAUUUCAAGAAUAUAUUGUGAAGAAGAAUUUCGUACGUGCUAGGGAUGCGAUGGAAGAAAGGGCCAUUCAUAUUGUCGCAUUGGCAUAUGCGGAGUUUAUACUUACAGUGGAAAGCCGUAUACGAAUGUUGGCAAACGAAAAUUUUACUGAUCAUUCCGCAAGGGUUAUGAUGCAUGAGACGACAACACUCAUGUUAGAAAACCGCAAGGAAAUUAUAAACCUUGCUUACGAUAAUUAUUCUUCUCUCAUCUACGCCUACGAAACUGGAUCGCCUAUUUUUAACUAUUCAUUUGAAGGCCUUAGCCGCCGUUAUAAUGAACCAGCAACACCAAAACAUCUCAUCAUGAAAGCACGCGUUCAUAACUCCUAUGCUGUAAAAUACGGGGAAAAAUAUGGCGGAUAUUUAAACAUGACUAUUGAAAGACUUGAUUGGUUAAAGGAACUCUCGGACAUUGCAUUUGCAAACUCAACGUUAGAUGAAGAUCGAAUGUUUUACUGUAGAGAAGAAUUCAAAUUUUGUAUGCGUAAUUUUGUUUUUGCAAGAAGUGUAUUUUAUUUUGAAACGAUUGAAUGGCCCAUAGGUAUUCUGCAAAAACGACGAGAAAAGUUUAAUAAUCUCUGGGUUCAAUAUACAUCGGUGAUGGAAAACAUCGUUCAAAGCUUAAAGUCGUUGAUAUUGGAGCUGAACAAGACAGAAACACUGUUUUUAAAUCCACUUAAUAAAGUCAGACGGGAUAUAUCGCAAUAUAUUCGGGGAGAAAAUGUUACAAAAAUGGUCAUUGUAGAGUUGUUAACCUCACAAGUCAUACAAGAUGGUAUAACUGAAUUUAGGAUGUUUUUCCAAAAUAUUCGUGUUCGGGAGGCAAAUCUUCUCGAUUGGAUCGACCGUUUGGAGGAAGAUGUAAUAGAGCUGUGGAGGACCGUUGUACAGGACGUGGAUUCUACUGAAUACUAUAACUAUACACAAGAAACACGAUUUCUACGUAACUUUUCUGAAGUUGCCGUAGAAAUCCGUUUGACUUUUACUACAAUAAGAAACAUGUGUCAGAUGUCACAGAUUGUUGACAACAAAGACGCCCUGCUCUUAGACGCUCUUGAUGCCUUCAUUCUCGACGCUAGAGCCUACAAAGAGUCCAUUAAAAUAGAUAGCGAAUUUAUCAAGAAUAACUUCCUACAACUGGACAUAUUCUACAGACAAAUGAGUUACGAGGAAAUUAACCAACAGGAGGCAUAUGAUAUCUUUGCUCUGCUUUGUGAUAUCGGUGGAUCCAUGGGACUGUUCCUUGGCGCCAGUGUUUUGUCAAUAGUUGAAGUCUGGGAUCUCGUUCUAGUGCAACUUCUUGCUAAAACCAGGCGGGUGAUGUCAAUAACAUCUUGAGGCGAGACACGACAGCAUUCAGACUGUGGUGUAUUGAUGUAGUGACAAAUGUCUAACACAGAAACAUUGGUGCUGUUUUACUGUCCACCAAACAUAUCUAAUUUGCCUAUCUGAUGUUCAGCGUAAUUGAUCAUUCUCAAUGAAAUC